AUGAUGAAGCUGAGGUGCCCCAACCCCAAGAGGCUGUUCAGGAGGAGGUCCUCCAAGGGCAGCAGCACCGGUAGCGCUAGCAGCGAGGACGGCAGCGAUGCCGGUGGUCUCAUCCACGGCGGCGGUGGCAGCGGGGAGAUCGAGUGGGAGGUGCGCCCAGGUGGCAUGCUGGUCCAGAGGAGGGACGUGAGGGGGGACGUAGAAGUGAUUACCAUCAGGGUGGCCACCGGGUUCUCCUCCUGGCAUGAGGUGUCCAUUGGAGCCACCUGCACUUUUGGAGAGCUGAAGGUGAUACUGUCCAUGAUGACAGGGUUGGAGCCCAGGGAGCAGAGGCUGCUGUUCAGGGGCAAGGAGAGGGAAGACGGCGACCACCUCCACAUGGUCGGGGUGAGGGACAAUGACAAGGUGCUGCUUCUCGAGGACCCUGCCCUCAAGGACAUGAAGCUCCGGGCGGCCGCGCUCGCGGCCCAGGCCAUGCAGACCCCGUAUCAGACUUCUAUCCGGGUGUAG